GAUAUAAAACCGGAUAAAGCUCAAGGCACAAAAGGUCAGAAGCUACAGAGUCACUCAUAAAGCUGAUCAACAUCAAAAUCCUUGACCCGUGGCAUGACAAAGAAUGAAGAGAAAAUUCACCAAAAAGAAGAAAUGAAGCUGAAAGUAUACGUCGAUAGAUUGUCACAACCAUCUCGUGCAAUUUUAAUCUUCCUCAAGGUAAAUGGAAUAGAGUUCGAGGAGAUUAAGAUGGACAUAUCCAAACGUCAACACUUGUCUCCUGAAUUCAAAAAAAUAAACCCUAUGGGACAAGUUCCUGCUAUUGCUGAUGGGAGAUUUAAUCUCUUUGAAAGUCAUGCAAUUCUUGUUUAUCUUGCUUGUGCAUUUCCUGGAGUAGCAGAUCAUUGGUAUCCAGCUGACCUUUUCAGGAGAGCUAAAAUCAACUCAGUAUUGGAUUGGCAUCACUCUAACUUACGCCGUGGCGCAGCACCAUACGUUCUAAAUACUGUACUUGCACCCGUGCUUGGACUUCCAUUGAAUCCACAAGCAGCUGCUGAAGCUGAGAAACUUUUGUCCUCCUCUUUGUCAAAAAUAGAGUCGAUUUGGCUCCAAGGUAAUGGAAAAUUCUUGGUGGGUGGCCUCAAACCAUCCAUAGCAGAUCUCAGCAUGGUUUGUGAAAUCAUGCAACUUGAGCUUGUAGAUGAGAAGGACCGCAAUCGUAUACUUGGCCCGCACAAGAGAGUUCUACAGUGGAUUGAGGAUACUAAAAAUGCGACCAGACCUCACUUCGAUGAAGUACAUGAAGUUCUCUUCAGGGCCAAAACAAGAUUUCAAGAGCGGCGGUUGAUGGGAGCAAGCAACAAGACCGAUUCCAGCGAUAGAGCAGCUGUGCGUUCAAAGAUGUGAUGUGAUGUGAGAAUCCAUAUAUGUGAUUCGAAGUGCUGUUAGAAUAAGAAUAAUGGCCUUUUCGCGUGACUUGAGCCUGGCCGGCAACGUUAAAUGUCAAUGUAUACUUUGACAUGUGCAAUGUUUUACUUCACUAUCAAGUUAAUAAGGGCUUGUUUGGUAUUGUUGGAACUUCCGUUGAGCAAUCUUCUGAACGUUUGCAUGUCUUCUUGUAUCGUGACAACUCUGUAACGUAAACAAAUGGUCUACUCUCUUUCACUCUCCUUAUCACAACUCUAUUCAAUGGGGCUAGAAUGGUUAUUUUUGUGUA